CAGAGUUACAUCCCAUUAACCUCUAUUAUGAACUCGGAACAUCAAUCAAGGCUUUCUAUUGACUUUUAAAAAAAUAUUGUUUGAUUCACGAUAUUAUUGGUAAACUUAGACAGGACUGACCGCGUACAAGUGCUUUUUAGUGUAAUUUUACGAUUGUUCUGAUGGACACUAAGAUCGAAACAACCCAUGUUGAUUAGUUGAGCGAGAUCAAGUUUUGCAGUGUCCACAAACACUCAUCCGACUGUAACCAACAUUGUGACAAGCAUCUUCCGACGUCGUUGUCCUCCUUUUACCUUCAUUACCUUUUACUUUUAAAUUAGAUCUACUGUUUUGGAAAAAAAGGGAAAUCCAUCGCUGUUAACAGUUGACCCAAGAUGUCACAGCACUUUUUUCCUUCCUUGCUGCCUAGCGUGAAUGAUCCAUUAUGGUUUAAUGUUGAUAAACCAAAAGAUGACGAGUCCGAACUGGCAGCCCUGGAGGAGAAACACCAAGCUUGGAUGAAUGCUAUUGCAAUGAAAGACAACAACCUUGUCCCGAUUGGAAAGUCAUCAGAGCAUUUGGAAGAAGAAGAAGAGGAAGAAGAUGAAGAAGAAUGUGAAGAGGAGGAAGAAAGUGACACUAAUGAUGACCCAGACACAGAUAUGAUGGAUGAACGAGACUCUAACGAUGAAGCGAGUACUUAUGGAUAACUUACCGACAUAACGCAGCGAUAGAGCAACUGGGAAAUGUGCAAGAGAAUCUUCAUCGGAUUAUAAAUUAGCAAGAGUGAAUUCUUGGACUGCUUGCUGUAUGAGUAUGAGAAAAUGUUAUGAAGUUUUGAAAUUGUACGGUGUGAAGAAGUCCUUGAGUUGUAAAUAUAGUUUCAUAUAGAAUGACAAAAUAUUUUACCAUGUUCUUCGUCUCUUCAUUUGUAAUAAACACCAGAAAUGACA